AGAUUUAUAUAAUCCAGGUUAAAUUACUUAAAUUAAGGAAUGAGGAUUUUAACAUUAAAUCCAAUUAAUAUGGUAUUGUUUGGAAACUACUGGUAGAGUAGGUUAAACUGAAAGGUAAUUUAUUGAAUAUAUAUGUGCUGUAAUCGCAGUUCGUCACAAUUACUUUUGACAAACUGUUUUGUGCCACUGGUGUUUCCAUAGAGUAGGUUAUAAAACCUGUCAAAACAACCGAAUACAUAAAAAUGGCGAGCACUUCUAGAUUUGACACCAACAAAGUAGUGUGUCCCGCACAUCCAGAUGCACCGUUGAUUGAGGACUACAGAGCUGGGGAUCAGAUUUGCUCUGAAUGUGGCCUAGUCGUAGGUGACAGAGUUAUUGACGUUGGAUCAGAGUGGAGAACUUUCAGCAAUGAAAAGAAUGGAGUCGACCCGUCUCGUGUUGGUGGUCCAGAAAACCCUUUAUUGGGUGGAUCAGACUUGACUACAAUGAUUGGACCUGGUCGAGGUGAUGCAUCAUUUGAUUCAUUUGGUGUUGCUCGGUAUCAAAACAGAAGAACUAUGAACAGUUCAGAUAGAGCCUUAAUAAAUGCCUUUAAAGAAAUCAAUGCUAUGGCUGAUAGGAUUAAUUUGCCUAGAACAAUUGUUGAUAGAGCCAAUAACUUAUUCAAACAAGUUCAUGAUGGAAGGAAUUUGAAAGGACGUUCUAAUGAUGCAAUAGCAUCUGCUUGCUUGUACAUCGCCUGUAGACAGGAGGGUGUACCUCGAACAUUCAAGGAAAUUUGCGCAGUAAGCAAGAUCAGCAAACGAGAAAUAGGGAGAUGUUUCAAAUUGAUUCUCAAAGCUCUGGAAACUUCCGUUGAUCUCAUUACUACGGGUGACUUUAUGUCCAGAUUCUGUUCCAAUCUGGGUCUUCCAAAUAUGGUACAAAGAGCGGCUACGCACAUUGCCAGAAAAGCUGUUGAGUUGGAUAUUGUCCCAGGACGAUCUCCCAUUUCCGUUGCUGCUGCUGCCAUUUAUAUGGCAUCACAGGCAUCUGAAGAUAAAAGAAGCCAAAAGGAAAUUGGUGAUAUUGCUGGGGUAGCUGAUGUUACAAUAAGACAGUCAUAUAAAUUAAUGUAUCCACAUGCAGCUAGUCUGUUUCCAGAAGACUUUAAAUUCGCUACACCUAUUGAUCAGUUACCGCAAAUGUAAUGAUUUAAUUAUUAGAUUUUUCCAAAAGUUGAAACCUAUUUUUGUACAGUGCCGAUAGGAUUCGUCCUUAUUUAGAGUUGUAUUUAUUGUUAAAUGGUUUUAGGUUAUAUACAAUGUAGGUGUGUAUUCGCGAAUACGUCUACAUUAAAUAUUCGAUUGUAUUACAGGGUAAGUGAAACCCUGAAAAUUAUCAUACGUGUAUUGUCUGGUACUGAUUUGUAUCCACAUAAAUUAUUUUAGAGCCAACAAUACUUUCUCUUUAGACAUUAGGCAAUCUCCAAUUUUGUACUAGCAUUAAAGGCACAAUGUGCAACAGUUUGUGAUAUAGACCAUUUUUACGAAAUUUAACAUGAAAAAUUGUAAUCUAUAUUACUAAGCACAUACUGCUACCCUGUUUGUCUAUAUUUUAGUUACACAAAUAAAUAUUUUAAACAAGUUUUUGUAAAAACAUUUAAUAAAGUUUUUAAAAAUAAG